AUGGAUGAACUAGCCACUCACUCUCAUAAGUUCAGAGUACCAAUGAGUGAAAGAAAUGGUAGGAGGGGUCUCCAACGUCCAUUCGAGUAUGAGUUCGGUGUGAGCAGUCCAUCUCCUCUCCUCGCCCUUACGCACGCAUCUCACGUCGCUACUCGACCUCCCGGAUGCAGCCUGAAGGAACACGAGUUGUCCGAAUUGAACUUGCACAAGGAAACUAACUCGGUGCACUCUAGCAGCCGUCACAGGAGCCGCAGACCUAGUCGUGGACGGGACCUGUACGUGACGGUGUCCGAGCUACACAUGAUAGCCACCGGCCGCAUGGAGAUCACCUGUGUCAGCACCAUCCCCGAGUUUAGGAAUAAGGAAGACAAGUUCGCCGACGUCAGAAAUGAUACUGUAAUAGUGGAUGUAAUCAAGCCAUCAACAUAUUUACAACCAACAAUCAACUUAACCACACCAGAAUCCAGUAGUUCAGAAGGCAGCAUCUUCCUUCCAUCUAUUAUGCAUAUAUUCCAUUGUAUCAUUAUUCUAAUACGAGUUCAUGUUGCUUGA